ACAGCAGAUCCGCCAUUUUCCUCAGAGCGGAAGAAGGAAGAGCAGUGAGGGGAAAACAUUAAACGUUUCUGCUGGAUAAUCCUCCAAAAAUCACUUUUUCUGCCAUGGACCCAGGACCGGACAGCGACUGGAGGAGCCCGCAGUUCCGACAGAAAGUCGUCGCUCAGAUCGAGGAGGCGAUGAGGAAGGCAGGAACCGCUCACACCAAGUCUGGCAACGACAUGGAGAACCACGUUUACGUCAAAGCCAAAUCCAGAGAGGAGUAUUUAUCUCUGGUGGCGAGGCUGAUCAUACACUUCAGAGACAUCCACAAGAAGACACUCGGAGGUCCAGAUCCCAUGAAUGCCCUGACUAACCUGACAGGGGUUGGAGGGGGCCCGGGCGCCAUCGGCAUGGGGCCUCGCCCCACCGGUGCUUCAGUGGGUGGCAUGGGGGCCAUGGGGCAGAUGCAGAUAGGCCAGCAUGCCAUGGCAGGGGUGGCUGGAAACCCACAAGCCAUAGGGGGUCCAGGCCAGAUGCCCAUGCAGCAGAUGGUGCAGGCGCAGCAGCAACAGCAGCAGCAGCAGUCCAUCCAGUUCCAGCAGUUCCAGCAGGUGCAGCAGCAGCAGAACGCCAUGCAGCAGCAGCAGUUCCAGGUGCAGCAGCAGCUGAGGGUGCAGCAGCAGCUGCAGCAGCAGCACCACCAGAACCAGCAGCUGCAGCAGCAGCACCAGAACCAGCAGCAGCAGCAGGCCCAGAACCAGCAGCAGCAGAACCAGAUGCACCAGUCGAGGAUUCAGCAGCAACAGCAGAUGGUGCAGCUUCAGCUCCAGCAGCAGCAGCAUGCUCAGGCUCAAGCUCAGGCCCAGGCUCAAGCUCAAGCUCAGGCUCAGGCUCAGGCUCAGGCUCAGGCUCAGUCCAUUCAGCACAUGGUUCAGCAGCAGCAGCAGCAGCAGGCCCAGGCUCAGGCUCAGCCGGGUCAGAUGCCUCAACAUACCCAGCAGCAGCAGCAGCAGCAGGCCGGCAUGGUGCCUCAGUCUCUGGCUGCUCAGCACGUUCCCAUCAACUCGCUGAGUCAGCAGCAGCAACAGCAGCAGCACCAGAUGAAGAUCCAGGCCUUCCAGCAGGCCCGGGCCAUGCAGCAGCAGCAGCAGCAGCAGCAGGUCCAGCAGGCGCAGCAAGCAGCGCAGCAAGCCCAGCAGGCCGCAGCACAGGCACAGCUCAACGCUGCCGCUGCAGCUGCCGCCGGCGUGCCAGGACAGGUGAGACUGCAGUCGCCGCAAGCUCAGUUGGUCCGUCCUGGGAUUCAGAUUCAGGCCCGGCUGCCCCGAGCUGCCCUGAACCCGUCCAUCCCUCCUCCAAACGCUGCUGCAGCUGCCGCCGCCGCGGCUGCAGCGGCUGCUGCGGUGGGAGGACAGAACAUGACACAGCAGGUACAGCAGCAUACGAUGAUGUCAUCGCCCUCUCCGGUGCAGGUCCAGACGCCGCAGUCGAUGCCUCCCCCUCCCCAGCCGUCCCCGCAGCCCCCGACCUCACAGCCCAACUCAGCCAGCUCCGGUCCCACUCCGUCUCCGGGGGGAUUCCAGCCCAGCCCGUCCCCUCAGCCCUCACAGAGUCCCGCCAACGCCAGAACCCCCCAGAACUACGGCGUCCCGUCCCCCGGCCCGCUCAACACUCCAGGUAACCCCAGCUCGGUGAUGAGUCCGGCGGGCGCCACGUCUCUGGAGGACCAGCAGUACAUGGAGAAGCUCAAACAGCUGUCCAAGUACAUCGAGCCUCUGCGCAGGAUGAUCAACAAGAUCGACAAGAACGAAGACAGAAAGAAGGAUCUGAGUAAGAUGAAGAGUCUGCUGAACAUCCUGACCGACCCGAACACCCGGUGUCCUCUGAAGACGCUGCAGAAGUGUGAAAUCGCUCUGGAGAAGCUGAAGAACGACAUGGCGGUGCCGACUCCUCCUCCUCCUCCGGUGGCGACGAAGCAGCAGUAUCUGUGUCAGCCGCUGCUAGACGCCGUCAUGGCGAACAUCCGCUCGCCCGUCUUCAACCACUCCCUCUACCGCACCUUCGCCCCCGCCAUGACAGCCAUCCACGGACCGCCCAUCAUAGGUCCCAACGUGUCGGGUCGGAAGAGGAAGCACGAGGAUGACGAGCGGCAGAGCAUCCCCAACAUCCUGCAGGGGGAGGUGGCUCGUCUCGACGUCAAGUUCCUGGUCAACCUGGAUCCUUCGUUCUGCAGCAACAACGGCACCGUGCACCUGGUCUGCAAACUGGAUGAUAAAAACCUUCCCAGCGUUCCUCCUCUGCAGCUCAGCGUUCCCGCCGAUUAUCCGGAUCAGAGUCCAUACUGGGCCGACGACGGAGAGCAGUACGGUGCCAACAGCUUCCUGCAGUCGGUUCACAGGAACAUGACGUCCAAACUGCUGCAGCUGCCGGACAAACACUCGGUGACGGAGCUGCUGAACACCUGGGCUCAGAGCGUCCGCCAGGCCUGUCUGUCUGCAGCCUGAAGCCCCGCCCACCGCGGCACACACGCACAGGAACACACCGAGUGUUUACAUGGACUCACAACCCCCCCCACUUUCUUUACCUGUAUUCAACAUUUACACCUGUGUGUUUCCAGCCGUACAGGAAAAAGAGGAAGGUCAUUUAUCCUGAUCUAUACUCUGCCCCCUGAACGCAUCAUGUUAGUGUUUAUUUCGCCGGGUGAAGACGCUUCCUGUUUCAGAUGUAAAGUCAGUUUUGUACCGCAGAGGAGCGACGAUGAUAUUCUGUAAAACACUGAGGGAAGAAAAACUCUAAAGGUUUGAGUAUGUAAAUGUAUUUUUUUGCUAUCAUAAAUAAAAAAAAAACUUUUCAUUUCAA